GGUUUAGUUUUGAAAAACAUUCAGUCUCGAAGUAACUCAGCCCAUUAUUACUAUCUUGACUGAUGUCUACCUUAGAAACAGAGGACAGCUACUUUAAUCUUCUAUCCUUCGAUCUGUAUGCUACCAUACAAGCUACUUUGCAGGCUCCCAGCUACCAUAUAUACUUCGAAGCUCUACUAAUAUUUUGGAUCCUAAAACUUUUAUUCUUUACUAAAAGUUAUAAGCCUAAGAGGCACUUAACAGAAACAGAAAAAGAAGAUCUAAUAAAAGAGUGGGAACCUGAGCCUCUUGUACCUAGUUAUCCAGAAGACGAUCCGAUAAUAAACGGUUUUGAAAAUUGUGUUGUUCAGAGCAAAAUAGGAAAAUUAGUUACCGUAAAUGGAAUAGAAUGCAUAAACCUUGCCUCCUUUAAUUUCCUCGGAAUUGUAGGCAGAAAAGAUAUAGAGCAAGAGGCAAUUAAUACAAUAUCGAAAUAUGGUGUCGGCUCUUGUGGACCUAGAGGGUUUUAUGGAACAGUUGAUGUUCACUUAAAUCUUGAAGAAGAACUGCAAAGAUUUAUGGGAGUCGAAGAAGCUAUUUUAUAUUCUUAUGGCUUUUCAACUAUUGCCAGUGCUAUUCCAGCAUAUUCCAAAAGAGGAGAUGUUAUCUUUGCUGACGAUGGCGUUAGCUUUUCUCUCCAAAAAGGUAUUCAAGCCAGUAGAAGUAAAGUCUAUUGGUUCAAACAUAACGACUUAGAACAUCUAAAAACCCUUUUGGAAUUGCAAGCAGCAGUUGAUAUAAAAGAACCAAAAAAGGCUAAAGUUACGAGACGAUUUCUGGUAUGCGAAGGAGUAUAUUUGAAUUUUGGUGAUAUUUGUCCUCUUCCCAAAAUGGUCGAAUUAAAGCAUAAAUAUAAAUUUCGAAUUUUUAUGGAUGAAAGCGUCUCAUUUGGAACUUUGGGUAAGACUGGCCGUGGUGUUACUGAACAUUAUGGAGUACCUAUAAGUGAAGUCGAUCUACUUUGCGCUUCAUUAGAAAACUCGCUUGGUUCUAUUGGAGGAUUUGCUUGUGGACGGAGCUACGUUGUUGAUCAUCAGAGGCUAUCGGGUCAAGGUUAUUGUUUCUCGGCUUCCCAACCACCUUUUAUGGCUCAAGCUGCUAUUAAAGCUUUAAACAUUAUUGAGACAGAUAACCAACUUAUCUCCAAUUUGCAAAAGAAUUGCAAGUAUAUGCAUAGUACUCUCAAGAAGAUUAAAAAGAUAAAAUUAGUAGGCGAACCAUUCUCGGCUGUGCAGCAUCUGCAAAUAAGCUGUGAAUUGACUAGACAGGAGAAAGACAUAGCACUGGGAGAAAUUGCUAAAAGGUGUAGAGAACAAGGCGUUGCUGUAACCAAAUCAGCAUAUUUAGACGAACAAGAAAAGACGCUACCCCCGCCAAGUAUCAGAAUUGCUGUGUCAAAUUUGCUAUCAACUGAUGAUAUCGAUACAGCUGUUUCAAAGUUGGACACUAUAAUUCAAGAUUGUUUAAGCUUCUGUUGAAAUUCACUCAUUUUCAAUAUUUUGACACAUUUAAUUACAGUAAACAUUUUUCUAAACAAAUUCUAUGUUUGUUGCUCAUUAAUCUUAUCGUUUUAUCUACAAUAAAAAUAAUGAACUAACAC